GUGGGAGUAAAUUACUGUGCUUGCGUGCUUCGGGCUGACUUUAGCCUAAAGUACGCUCUCAAAUGUACGGUAAUUUAUUUUUAAAUAUUUCAUUUGGAAUCUCCAUGUUUCCUGGGAUGAGUUGAGACACAGCGAUGAUAUUUAAAACGGUAAAACCGCAUUAAUUAGUACCUAUAUGUAAAAAUAAAUGCAUAUUUUUUGGAACAUUGUGAAGUAAAAUGUCUUUGUAAGACUUUAUUUUAUAUCAUGAAGAAAACUCCAAGAAAACUUCAAUUUUGUACGAUCGCAAAUUUCAAGUCUAAAUGGAAAUUGCAAAACUAGCGUGGAGACAAAUUUGACAGAAGCAAUGUCAAAAUACAUAUAUUUUUUUAGAUAUUGUACGUUAUGUUCGUUUUACCCCUAUGUACCAUAUCUGUUAUUUCUUAUUAUUUAUCUCAAUUAAAACAUACUCAAUUUCACGAAGUAAACCUUCAUACCACAUUAAUGUUGGUCCUAUUGGCUACGUUAGGCCGCCGCUGCCUGGAAGCUUGGUGCCCGCCACUAAAUAAAUGAGAUUUGAUCUUCUGUAGCGCCCCGCUCCGACUAACGCAAGAGCUAGACACGGCGAGCUUGAGUUAAGACAACCGCAUGAGGAGGUGGCGGGCAGACGAUGGACUGGUACGGCAGCAGACGACUCACGGCUCUGGCCGCGUUCCUAACUUGCUUCCUCCUAACCACGUGGCUCGAGUCUGUCUUCAGCGACACUCUUAAUUCGCUGCCACUCUCUCGGACAAAGCGUUCUACGGUAACGCAGAUGGACGGCGCUGAUGUACAGACGCUACUCAACCAAGACCAGCCACAGGGAAUAGAAAAAGUGCGGGUUCAGAUCUUGAAAAAUCGCUCCCCCCAAGACACAGCCGAACCGUCAGGGCCAAAAAAUAUAAAAAGACGAAGGAGUAAAGGUGAAGUCCUUCGUUUGAGUCCGCCUGAAGAUGCAGUUAUUCUGGAUUCACACGAUGGGAUCAUCGAUAUGGCUGAUUAUCAAGAUGAGUUGAUGACCUCGCUGCAAGAACGAGUGGCGCAGAUCAGACGCAAAGUCUACAAAUGUCUACCAAAGUUCAUCUGCGAAGUUCACAGUCAAACUUUGGACACAAUCACCACUGAUCUAGAAAAGGAAUGGAUUAACAUGUACAGUCCGAGCAUGCUGAGUGAGACUCAGCACGAGUAUCAGGUGGCGGCGCAUAUGGGCCAGCUCUUCAAAGGCUACCAGCCCUCGCCCUGCCACCAGCUCUACACCGGCUGUCCCAUCUCCAUGGCGCAGAUCAAGACCUUCUUGGCGGCGGUCGACAACAAAAGAAAUAGGUUAUUGUGAAGUGGACACGACGUCGGUAUUGGAAACAAUGAAACCGUACGGAUUGUUGUUAAGGAGCAGUACAAUGUAGACGGUGUACCUAGAUAUAAUCAAGAAUACAGGUGUCAGUCAUGUGGUUAAUGAGACAUUACUCGGGUAUACCCAGUUCACGUACGUGGUUCAUGGUGAAUGCACCCGAGUGUAAGUGUGAAGUGAGCGUUAUUCUAAUUCACCCUGACAACUUCGUAAUUUUUUGAAACAGUUGGACUAUAGAACUAUCUGUGGAGGCCAUGAAAUGUUUUGCCUUAGAACUAUGCGUGCUUGUUAGGAAUACAAAAACUGUUAUAGAUUAAUACUUACGUCUAUGCCAAAAAUAUAUCGAUAUAGAUCGAUGUCAACAAAUGAAUAAUCAUUUCGGAUGGUUUCGUUUCGAGGACGAUUUCGAUUUCUACGAUUUAAUUUUGCGUUUAUUCCAUAUUAUUUCCUGACUAAUCGAAUAACACAGGUGGUACAUAAGCCGUGCAAUUAGUGUUGGCUUAUUAUCCAUUUAUUCGCUUCAUCAUUCAAAUCCAUUGAUCCAAUUAGAUUUGAUAGGAUUCAAUGAAUGAAUCCAAUUUUUCACUCAUUGAUCCAAUGUCACACAGCAAUCAAGAAUACCACAGAGGAUAUAGGAACAUAAUUAUGCUGUAAUUCAGGAAUACUACAAAGGAUAAAGGAACAUAAUUAUGUUGUAAGUCAAGAAUACUACAGACGGGAAAGGAACAUAAUCAUGCUGUAGACUUAUUUCCUCUUGUUGGAGUGCGAAUUUAUUUUGCUGGACGGUCAUUCGUUCUUCCUAAAUUUUUAUUCUUAUGUUGAAUGGUAUUUCCCUUUUUUACGGACUGUCAUUCGUCCAUGGCAGGCUGGCAUUCCCGCUUUCUAGUUUGACAUUCCUAUUCCUAUCAGACCUUCUGGUCUAGCAUUGCUCUGUGCUGGACAGUCCUUCCCUUUUGCUACACUGCAUUCUUCCUUGCUAGAUUUAGAUUGUAAUUUAUUCUCGGUAUGGACAGUAACUCUGUCAUACUGUAGGUAGUGUAUUUUCUCCUUGUUGUGCUGUAAUUCUUUCUUGCUGGACUCUAAUUAUAUCUUGUUGGACUGUAAUUCCCUCUUGCUGCACGGCAAUUCGUUCUUGCUGGACUAUAAUUCUAUAUUGCUGGACUGAAAUGCUCUUUUGCUGGACUGUAAUUCUAUCUUGUUGGACUGUAAUUAAUCUUGCUGGACUGUAAUUAAUCUUGCUGGACUGUAAUUUGAUCUUGCUGGACUGUAAUUCUCUUUUGCUGGACUGUCAUUCUAUCUUGCUUGAAUGUAAUUCUAUUUUGCUGGACUGUAAUUCUCUCUUGCUGGACUGUAAUUCUCUCUUGCUGGACUGUAAUUCUCUCUUGCUGGACUGUAAUUCUCUCUUGCUGGACUGUAAUUCUCUCUUGCUGGACUGU